GUGAUUGUCCAUUUUCCUUGCGUCGUACUAGUCGAGUAGACGCCGGCUCCGCACGGAGGAAUUGCCUUGACUGUAUGGUGCAAAACCAUUUAAUAUAUUUACUUAUUUUUAGGGACCGGCUGUAUGAUUAAGCUACAAUCUUCAAUGAGUAAGCAUAUCCCACAGUUCUGUGGUGUUCUGGGUCACACAUUUAUGGAGUUUCUGAAGGGCAGUGGGGACUACUGCCAGGCACAGCACGCAGCUGCCUAUGCAGACGAGUGAACAGCAGAACUCACCUCCUCUCCGAACACAUUGGACCCACAGGAGGAGGAUCUGAAACGUUGGCAGGAUCAGGACACCUCCUAACCUACCAGCGGAACGAGCCUGGAUGGGAUUGUUUUGUGGAAGAUCUCGUUUUUCCGUCUGUCACCAUGGCGCGUAUGAACCGACCUGCCCCUGUGGAGAUCACCUACAAAAACAUGAGGUUCCUCAUUACCCACAAUCCAACCAAUGCCACUUUGAAUAAAUUCAUUGAGGAACUGAAGAAAUAUGGAGUGACCACCGUUGUGAGAGUAUGUGAGGCCACCUAUGAUUCCACCUUAGUGGGGAAAGAGGGAAUACAGGUUCUGGAUUGGGCAUUUGAUGAUGGAGCUCCUCCCUCUAACCAGAUUGUUGAUGAUUGGUUGAACCUCCUGAAGACGAAGUUUAGGGAGGAGCCGGGUUGCUGCAUUGCUGUCCACUGUGUAGCUGGCCUUGGGAGAGCCCCUGUCAUGGUUGCCCUGGCUUUGAUUGAAUGUGGGAUGAAAUAUGAAGACGCUGUCCAGUUCAUCCGGCAGAAGCGUCGCGGAGCGUUCAACAGCAAGCAGCUUUUCUACCUGGAGAAGUAUCGUCCAAAGAUGCGCCUGCGCUUCAAAGACUCCAACGGCCACCGCAACAACUGCUGCAUCCAGUAGUAAAGCCAACUAACUCAUAGUCCAUGCCAACAAUGCCCCUAUAAAAAUACAUUCAUUUCUUUAUCUUAGCUACCUGGCAGGCUUGUUUUUUUUUUUUUUUUUGGUAAAUCCAUUGUGUUAAAGUAUUUCCACUGGAAAUUCAUUCGUAAAUAAUUCAAGUUUUCCCUUCUCAAUUAAAAAAAUGUCAAGUGUCAAAAAAAAAAGAAGAGAUUAGUUAGUGAACAAGUGACAGUGAGUGAGUGUUCUCUAUGUGUGCCCUUGGAAUUGAAAGGACCACAGCCAGUGAAGUAAUUUUGUGAACAUCCAGAUGUUGAUUUAUACAUGUUGAACACAACCCAAGGUUUUAAUUGGCAAGGGUGCUUAUUACUUUAAAAAAUAACAUUUAAAAAAAAAAGUACUGUAACAAUGAUUUAACAUGAGUAGUUAGGUAUCCCUUUAAAUUUUAUGAUUCAGUUCGAUACUGAAUAGAAAGAUGUAUGCCUUCCUCCACAUGGUUAAAACUUGAAAUGCCUUACAAUUAAAAUGGAACAAAAAAGGCAAUCGAGUGGGUUUGUCAUCCACUACAUUAGAAAAGGUUUCUUUUUUUACUUGGAACAAAAGAAUGUUGCCUUUGUCUUGUGCAGGACGUCUACACACUUAAGUCCUUUCAGUAACUAUUUUUAAUAUGAAAUGCUUAAUUGUUGCAAUAUUUGUUUAUUGAAAGUCUGGGACCUUUUAUUUUUUUAUUUUCUCUUAUCAAAUCUCAUUGAUUAAUUACUGCCAUGUCCAAAAUGUGAUUUGUGUUUUUUCGCUUUGAAACUGGACUUCAACGUCUGCGAUAUUUUGUAUGCCUUUUUAUUUUGAUGUGCGUAACUUAAUACUUGGAUACUUGAUGAUUUAUGUAUUUGAAAAUGUGUAUUAUUAGGUUGGCUAUUUAUACUAUCAAUGGAUGUGUGUUUUAGUACUGUGAGCAACAAAUUGUAACUGUUCACCAACUUGUAAGAGAACAUUAAAAUGAUACAUUGAAAACGAA